CAGUAUACCAAUAUGGCUCUGAGCGUGAGAUUUGGGCUGUUUCUGGCAGCACUCAGCUGCAUCUACUUGGUCAGCGGAGUUGACAGAAAUAAUUUUAAAACAUGCGAACAGAGCAGUUUUUGUCGACGUUGCCGAAAAGUCGAGCCGGGCAAAACGCCUUACAAACUACUGAACACGGUUGAAGUUCGAGAGACGGACCUGAGCGGUGAAUUAUUUAACCAAGAUACAGGAGUUGCGUACAUCCUUCGGCUGACAGGAUUGGUGGACAAUACAUACAGGGUUUGGAUAAACGAAAAGAAUCCGUUACAUCCGAGAUAUGAGGCCACAUUUGCACUUCAGAGUGAUCCUGUGCCAAAGAAAAUAAAACUCGUUGAACAAACAGCAGAGUAUAUCGUAGUCGGCACAGAUAAUACCAAGGCUAAGCUUUUCUUCAAUCCGUUCAGAAUCGACUUUUAUCGCGGUGAACAAGUCGUUCUCUCUGCCAAUGCAAGAGGACUCAUGCGGUUUGAACACAUACGCACUAAACCAGAGCCGAAACCUGAGGGUGAGGAAGGAGAAAAGCCAGCUGAGACUAAUCCCGAAUACCCAGGCGACGGCGCAGACUCUGAUCCUGGAGCUUGGGAAGAAAAUUUCAAAUCACAUCACGAUUCUAAACCCUUAGGGCCAGAGGCUGUGGCACUAGACUUCAGUUUCAUAGGCGCUGAAAAUGUUUAUGGGGUUCCAGAGCAUGCUGGAUCAUUUGCGUUGAAAUCCACGAAGAAAUCCGACCCUUACAGACUUUAUAAUUUGGACGUUUUUGAAUACGAAGUCGACGAUUUUAUGGCCCUCUAUGGUGCCAUUCCUGUCGUUUUUGGUCACGGAAAGGAAAGCGGAACGUCAGGAGUUUACUGGCAAAAUGCUGCUGAAACUUGGGUGGACGUAACAUCCAGCGCGGAUAACAACGUCGUUGAGAGUAUUGUGAACUUCGUUUCUGGGUCUGCUAAAAAGCCCCAAGUUGACGCUCACUUCAUCUCUGAGUCAGGCCUAAUCGACGCAUUCUUUAUGCUCGGACCUAAUCCCUUAGACGCCUUUAGGCAAUACACACGCUUAACUGGAUCUGCUCCUCUGCCUCAGAUGUUCAGUUUAGGGUACCACCAGUGUCGUUGGAAUUAUAACGACCAAGACGACGUGCGUCAGGUGGCUGAAAAUUUCGACAAGUACGACUUACCGAUGGACGUGAUGUGGCUGGACAUCGAAUACACUGAUGGCAAGAAGUACUUUACGUGGGAUACGCGUAAAUUUUCCCAGCCUCUAGAGAUGGUCCGUAAUUUAACAGAAAAGGGUAGAAAACUGGUGGUCAUUAUCGAUCCUCACAUCAAGCGAGACCAAAACUACUUCCUCCACAACGACGCUACAAAUCUUGGCUACUAUGUCAAACACAGAGAUGGAAAAGACUACGAGGGAUGGUGCUGGCCAGGUGCAACUUCUUACAUCGAUAUGUUUGACCCUAAAGUCAGGCAGUAUUACAUCGAGCAGUACAACCUGGACAAAUUCACGGGAACUACCAACGACGUUUAUAUUUGGAACGACAUGAAUGAACCGAGUGUGUUCAAUGGACCUGAAGUAACAAUGCCGAAGGAUUUGAUACACUAUCAAAAUUGGGAGCACAGAGAUAUCCACAACAUUAACGGAAUGAUGUUCACCUCCGCUACGCACGAGGCUUUAUUCCGAAGGUCUGGUGGUUCCCUGCGUCCAUUCGUAUUGACACGAUCCUUCUUUGCCGGUUCGCAAAGAUAUGGUGCACUGUGGACUGGAGAUAACACAGGUGAAUGGAGUCAUCUUCGUGUCAGCUACCCGAUGUGUCUGUCCCUGGCGAUAUCCGGUUUCUCUUUCUGCGGUGCGGACAUAGGAGGCUUCUUCAAGAACCCGGACACUGAGCUGUUCACAAGGUGGAAUCAGGCAGCCGCUUGGCUGCCAUUUAUGCGUCAGCAUUCUCAUAUCGAGACCAAGCGUCGUGAGCCUUGGAUUUUCGGCGACAAUACUGUCGGAAUAGUUCGUGAAACUUUCAAGAGACGCUACGCCUACUUGCCGGUGUGGUACACAUUAUUUAGGGAGCACGAAAUCAGCGGAAUUCCAGUUAUCAGGCCGAUUUGGGCUCACUACCCAACUGAGUCUGCAGCUUUUACCAUCGACGACGAGAUCUUGGUUGGCGAUUCGCUCCUUGUUCGUCCAGUUCUAGAGCCUGGAGUGACAGAAGUUAGCGUCUACUUCCCUGGAGAGGGUAAAGUCACUUGGUACAACAUUGACACCAUGCAACCGUACAAGCAACCUGGUGCUGUCAGUAUUCCGGUGACGAUGGAGCGAAUCCCAGUCUACCAAAGGGGUGGAUCGAUCGUUCCGAAAAAGAACCGAUCCCGCAGAAGUACAGUCGCUAUGAAAAACGAUCCCUACACGCUGAUAGUAAUCGCUGACGAUGCUGGAUCCGCUACAGGCACUCUCUACAUCGACGAUGAAUCCAGUUUCGAGUAUCGUCACGGGAAAUACUUGUACCUCAGGUUCACUUUGACUGGAUACAAGCUGACGUCCAGUUUGAUAGAUAAACUCGCAACCUAUGAAACUAAGAGCUGGCUGGAGAGGAUAGACAUCGCCAAUCCCCCGAAGAACGUGAAAUCGGCGCGAUUGACCUCGAAAACUCUAGGCGUAGUCGAGCUGGAGGCCAAAUACAAUCCUGGAAACAAUGUUCUGACUGUGCGUAAACCCGGAGUGAAUAUGGGCGAAGAAUGGAGCAUAGAAUUGAUUCAUUAGUUGACAAGUGAAGCCAAAAACUUGAUAUAUACCUAUAUUAUAGUGAACAUUUUACAUUCGAUUUUUCAAAUCUCACCACACACCUGAAUAACAUAAGGCAGUAAAUAGUACGGCAUAAUAUCGACAUAGUCUAAUGUAAAUAGAUGUGAACAACUUUGAUUUACAUGUUUCUCUGUUUUAUUAUCAUCAACAACACAAGAACAUGUUUCAUAAGACAUUUUUGUAAUACAUAAAUGCGUUACUACGUGUUUACGCAAUAAA